CCCACGCUUGACGCUUGAUGCUCUCCUUGAGUUAGCAUACUCUUCUGCUAGGCGAAGCAAAUUCUUUGGUUUUCUGAUCCUUUCCCUGUUGAUUUUCUUUCUUCUUUGGUUACGUAGUUGUGCGAGUCUUCGGUUAGGUUCGCAAGAAAGAUGGCAGGAAAAGGCGACGGACCGGCGAUCGGGAUCGAUCUCGGGACAACCUACUCGUGCGUUGGCGUAUGGCAGCACGAUCGUGUCGAAAUCAUAGCCAAUGAUCAAGGCAACAGGACCACGCCGUCUUAUGUUGCCUUCACCGAUACCGAGCGUUUGAUAGGAGAUUCUGCCAAGAAUCAAGUUGCGAUGAACCCUACGAACACCGUCUUCGAUGCUAAGCGUUUGAUCGGAAGGAGAUACAGUGAUCCGUCUGUUCAGAGUGACAUCAAGCUUUGGCCGUUCAAGGUCAUAGCUGGUCCCGGCGACAAGCCAAUGAUUGUCGUCACAUACAAAGGCGAAGAAAAGCAGUUUUCUGCUGAAGAAAUCUCUUCGAUGGUCCUCAUAAAGAUGAAAGAGAUUGCAGAGGCUUACCUUAGCACUGCAGUGAAAAACGCUGUUGUUACCGUCCCGGCCUACUUUAAUGACUCUCAGAGGCAGGCAACAAAAGAUGCCGGGGUUAUUUCCGGUCUCAAUGUCAUGCGUAUCAUUAAUGAGCCCACUGCUGCUGCUAUCGCCUACGGGCUCGAUAAGAAAGCUAGCAGUGUCGGCGAAAAGAAUGUGCUCAUCUUCGAUCUUGGCGGUGGGACGUUUGAUGUCUCUUUGCUCACCAUUGAAGAGGGUAUAUUCGAGGUGAAAGCCACGGCCGGAGACACGCAUUUGGGAGGCGAGGACUUCGAUAACCGAAUGGUAAACCACUUUGUUCAGGAAUUUAAGAGGAAGCACAAGAAGGAUAUUAGUGGGAAUCCCAGAGCACUGAGGAGGUUGAGGACUGCUUGUGAAAGGGCUAAGAGGACUCUUUCAUCGACUGCUCAAACAACAAUUGAGAUCGAUUCUUUAUUUGAGGGCGUUGAUUUUUACUCAACCAUCACUCGGGCGAGGUUCGAGGAGCUGAACAUGGAUUUGUUCAGGAAAUGCAUGGAGCCUGUGGAGAAAUGCUUGAGGGAUGCAAAGAUGGAUAAAAACAGUGUCCACGAUGUGGUUCUUGUCGGUGGCUCUACCAGGAUUCCGAAGGUCCAACAAUUGUUGCAGGACUUCUUUAACGGGAAGGAGCUCUGCAAGAGCAUUAAUCCAGACGAGGCUGUCGCCUACGGUGCUGCCGUUCAAGCUGCAAUUCUGAGUGGUGAGGGCAAUGAGAAGGUACAGGACCUGUUGUUAUUGGAUGUCACUCCUCUCUCUCUUGGUCUGGAAACUGCUGGAGGAGUGAUGACUGUUCUGAUUCCCAGAAACACCACCAUCCCGACCAAAAAGGAGCAGGUGUUCUCUACAUAUUCUGAUAACCAACCCGGUGUGUUGAUUCAAGUCUACGAGGGUGAGAGAACUAGGACUAGAGACAACAACUUGCUUGGCAAAUUUGAGCUCUCCGGCAUUCCUCCUGCUCCUAGGGGUGUUCCUCAAAUCAAUGUCUGUUUCGACAUUGAUGCCAAUGGUAUUUUGAAUGUAUCUGCUGAGGACAAAACCACUGGGCAGAAGAAUAAAAUCACCAUUACCAACGACAAGGGCCGGCUGUCCAAGGAAGAUAUCGAGAAGAUGGUCCAGGAAGCGGAAAAGUACAAGGCAGAGGAUGAGGAGCACAAGAAGAAGGUUGAAGCAAAGAAUGCGCUGGAAAACUAUGCCUACAACAUGAGGAACACGAUCAAGGAUGAAAAGAUCAGCGCCAAGCUUCCUCCCGCUGACAAGAAUAAGAUUGAGGAUGCAAUUGAUCAGGCCAUUCACUGGCUGGAUGCGAACCAGCUGGGCGAGGCGGAUGAGUUUGAGGACAAAAUGAAGGAGCUGGAGAGCAUCUGCAACCCAAUCAUUGCCAAGAUGUACCAGGGUGCUGGCGGUGCUGAUAUGGGUGGAGCCAUGGAUGAAGAUGGUCCUUCAGCUGGUGCUGGAAGCGGUGCUGGGCCCAAGAUUGAGGAAGUUGAUUAAAGUGCUGGCUCUUGAAUUUGAUGUAAAUUGCCUUGGCCCCCUUUGGAAUUGUGUGUCAUGUUGUGUGUCAUGUUGUCUGUCUUCCUCGGGGCCCUGUUCUAUUUUGUUUUCCCGCAGUCAGUAUAUAUAUGCAAGUCAGUAGUGUUCUCCC